CCGAAACGAUAUAUAUCCAAUUCCUCCAUAAAAACAGGAACGACCUCUUCCAUACCCAGAGAAACCAAAACAAAAGACCCCCCGAUCUAUAAUUCCUGUGGGAUCCUCUUCUUCCCCGUCUCUUUUGUCGCUCUCGCUCUCUUUGCGUUGCGUUUUUGACAAUGGUUUCGCCUUCCGCCGCUCGCUCGGCCGCUGCCCCUGCGUCGACUACGAACCACCGGAGUCCCUUUGCGCUUAGGUGAGGAUUACAAUCAUUGUUUGCGUUUUCGGGCUUGUUUCACUCGCUCUUUUUUGGCUUGUUUUUGGCGCGCGUGGGCGCGAUGCUGGGAUUUUUAUAUUUUUCCCCCUCGCGGAGUGGGGGGUGUCAAAUAUGCCGAACGGUGGCUUAGAACGUAUCGGAGGAUCUAGAGUUGUUUGCGCAGGGGCUGGGCAAAAUGUCGCAUUAUCCGGCGAUGAAGAAGGCUUUAUAUUCAUGCCAUUUUCAACCAACAGCUCUAGCAGAAGAGGAGAAAGGAAUAGAUAUUCAUACCGGCUACCUAUAACCAGGCUCUGAUGAACCAGUUAUGGAUGAGGGAGACAUAUUAUACCGGUCGAUCGAUAUUCAUUCACAAUGGACGGAUUGUUAACCUUGCCGUACCGACUGAUAUAGUUGCUUUUCCUGGGAGCACGGCGCUAACCAUGAAUUUUGUAUUCAGAUACAAGAAACAACCUCACUAUGCCGGCUUUCCUCUGAAAACCUCUGUUCGAUACGGCACAAUUGCCACAGCCUUCGGCGCUACCGCUGGAAUCUUCGCCGUCUUCUUCUUCGGAGAGGUCCCCCGCGUCCGAAAGGAUAUCCUGAUGAACAUCCCCGUCAUUGGCGGAUACUGGGAACGAAGCAUCCCUCCGGAAGAUAACGUGAGUUAAUCUCCCCCUUUGGUUUCCCACCAUUUCGCUACGUUGUAUAUUCAGAUAUAUGGGGUUGGCUCAUAUUUUGCGAACCGAGGACUGAUCUGGAUUUUCUUUCUUUCUUUCUUUUUUUAAAAAAAAUCUAGCCCUUCUAAACCAUCUCUCUAUGUAUUUCUUUUUCGAGCUUGAGGUCUGCUCCGUAUUUGCGAAACUAUAUAGAAAGGAGCGGAGGGGGGGCUCUGGUACUUGUUUCGCCCGUUUCUUUUUGAUUAGAUUCAUAUGUAUGGACCUGUUGCGCGAUUGUGUGUGUGUGUGUGUGUUGAUCCGGACCAGGAAAGGGGGAGUAGAUUGUAGCACCUAUGUAGUAUAGAGCGAACACAAAAGCAUUCUCCUACCUAUUCCCACUUAUCUGCCCCAAGAUAAAAACAGAAAA